AUGCCGCCAUUUUCGGGCCGAUUCGCUCCGGUUCCUGAUGACAAAAUGGAUGACGAAAAAGAAGGCAAUAGGCGUGGCCGUUUUCCUCGAUGGAGUUGGGUGUUUCCAACACUUGGGCGAGUGGGCAACAACCGGGGAGCUGGAGAUGCCCUGCAUGCUGGGGACACCGAAAGAUCGUACACGAAACAACCCAAAGAACAGAAAGAUAUGGAAGAUAGCGCUAUCUACGUGGAGUGCCACAAGGUCGACACUCUUUCUGGAAAAUCCCCUGCCACACUCCCCCGCAAGACCCUAACAGAAGACGACAUUCACAGAGAUUUUUCCAUUCCAGAGGAGCAUAGUGGCCCACUUCGUCGGUUAUGGAGGAGCGCCCGUCGUUUCUCCCCCGUCCGCUGCCUUCGCUCUGCCGUGCCUCUACAGGAGGUUUUGAGAACUUAUAAAUGGAGCUAUCUUCUGCCGGACAUGUUUGCUGGGAUCUCGGAAGGGGUCAUGGCGAUACCGCAGGGCAUGUCUUACGCGAUGUUGGCACGUCUUCCUCCUCAGUUUGGACUCUAUGUGAAUUUCGUUUACCCGCUGAUUUACAUGAUAUUUGGGACCGGUCGGCAUGUAGCUGUCGGGGUGUCCGCAAUAGAAGACUUGUUGCUGGGCGAGAGCGUGACGCGCAUAAUAGGGGAACGAGAAAGAUUAGAAGACAUAUCUUUAUCGCGUACUCUUGCCAAUGACCCCAAAACUGCGCCGGAGAUCCAGAUGUCACUGCUUGAGACGGCAGAACUCAACGAGUCCUUACUUAUGGAAAGCAGAAUCGCUGUGUCCAUCGGAAUGGCAGUCUGUGUGGGCAUUGUGUUUGCGCUGAUGAGAGUGCUGCAAGCUGGCCUCCUUGCGGAUUUGUUGGCUGUGCCCGUCCUUUCUGGGUUUUCCACUGCCAGUGCUUUCCUCAUCGGCACAUCGCAGCUGAAAUACGCGUUCGGCCUCCAAAUACCCAACGAGGUAGAAGACGGGGACUUCAAAGUGCUCAGACAGUGGUGGUACUGCAUAGCGCACAUCAAAGAAGCGAAUUGGGUCUCUGUUGGAAUCUGUCUUGCUUCCAUUAUCAUCCUGGCCGUUUGCAAGUACAUGAAUAGGAGGUACUUUAAGUGUAUCCCCAUUCCAGGGCCGCUGCUAACUGUAAUCAUCUUCACCGCCUUGUCCGCUGGAUUGGGCCUUGGAGCCUCUCAUGGCGUCAAAGUUAUUGGGUCUAUUCCCAGGGGGUUUCCCUCACCGACGGCCCCUCAAUUUUCCACCGCAUUCGCGCUGAUCACCGAGGAGGGGCAACGCGUAGUUGUCCACAAGAACGUGUUCCUGCUGAUGCUGCGGGAGGCCUUAAUCCUGACCGCCAUGUUUUUCGUGAUUCACAUUUCCAUCGCAAAGACAAUAACGCAGCAGAAAAAGACGUACAGCAUUCGCCCUGACCAAGAGUUGGUGGCAUUGAGCUGCUGCAACUUCAUCGGUUCUUGCUUCCAGUGCUUUCCAAAUGCAACCUCUCUUUCACGCACAUGUGUGGUUUCUUCCAUUGGCGGCUUCACGCAGCUUCACCAGAUUUCCAAUGCGCUUAUCAUUGUCUUCACCCUUUCCUUCAUGACACCUCUGCUCUAUGCCCUCCCUAACGCAGUCCUCGCCUCUGUGGUUCUGUUUGGGGUGUAUGGAAUGCUGGACUUCAAGGAGCUCAUUCGACUCGCGAAAAUUGGUGCGACAUCAAUCACAAGCACUUCAAAAGCCUUCAGAAACACACACGUUUUACUGACUUUACUCCAGAAGCCUAAUUUUCUCUGUGACUCGUCGGCUUGGACGCUGUUAUUUGCAGGCGGACUUGACGUUUUACUGUGGUUGGUCUGUUUCCUUAUUACGAUCAUCUUCGGGGCUAUGGAAGGCAUCUUAGCAUCCAUUGUCCUUUCUCUACUUUGGCUGCUAAGAAAAACGGCGAGACCAGCGUUCUCCGUCUUGGGAAGGCUCCCAGCGACGCACAUCUACCGAAAUGUCAGAAGAUUUCCCAUGGCUGUUGAGGAGGAAGGUAAGGCUGCUGCUUCAGGAAUCCGUAUUUUGCGAUUUGACGCAUCUCUAAAUUUUAGCAACAGCGACUUUUUCGAGUCUCGCGUGCUGCACUGCUUGUUGCCCACCACGCGCGUGGUCAUCAUGGACGGGUCCUCCAUUAACGACAUGGACGUAACCGCUAUUCGCAUGCUAGAGAGGCUUGUACAGACGCUGGCGCAGAGAGGCAUCGUUCUUCUGUUUGCUAACUGGAAGGGGCCUAUGAGAGACUUCUUGCAAAAAGCGGCCUUCUACGACGUGCUGCCACCCGAGCAUUGCUUUCUGUCAUUGCCGGAUGCCGUAUUUUGGGCAAACAGGCACUUGAAACUCAGCGGCCAGACUGAGCUGGGAGAUGUGAAACGCGCCUUCUCGUCUGAGCAGUGCGGCAGCCCUUCACGUUUAGUCGGGGAAUCCAGCACAGAGCAGCCAACCGGCGGGAGCGGAUUAAUUACACCCAAAGGGUCCUCCGCUUCGCCUUCAGUGUUCCCACUCGAGAAGCGGGAGGCACCAGUAGACAAAUACAGAGAGAGGGGUGGGGAGGGAGAGAGAGAGCGGAUAUGCGGAGGAGGGCGACCUUUCCGUUCUCGUGCUCUGCCCUUGUGCUCAGCUCCGAAGUACUGUUGGAAGGUUGCCCAGAAGUCGCAGAGCGAUGCAAAGCUGGACCUAGAAGGAAAGCCGAAAAGCAAACAAGAACGAUUCAGAUCCACACGUUCGCAGAGUCUCAGCAGUUUGCAGGAUCUAGAAGAAAGAAUGAAUAUUUUGUCUGGCCAUCACCACUCGGUUUUGUGGGACGGACUAAGCGCUACGACUGCGGAUGGACUUCGGGUUGUUACCGAAAUCACAGGAAGCGGCGAAGCAGUUAGGUGGACGGUGCGUACAACUACGUAUGAGCAAGUCAACCAACAAGGCGAACAGAUUCACACGCCAAGGAACACAAGUCACACUGGAGAAGACAGUGCCGCCACAGAAAAGGCACUACCUCUGGAUGAAUCAUAUGGAUGGUCACCAAUUGUAAAGACGGAAAGUUUUGCUCGGCUUUCGUAUUUUUUGCCGUCGCUUGAAACAGCCCAUGACAUUUUUUUCGAUAGUGCCAGCCAGACGUGGUUAGCAAAGUCUGACGACGCUCCUUUAAUCCUAAUUCAGGGAUGUUUUGGCGUUAGGAAACAUGUCAGUUUUUGCUUAUUCCCAUGUUUGUACUUGUUUGCUCACAUGUUUACCGUUGACAUGACGAAAAAGUCGCAACCUGCUGCGACGCACUGCUCAGCAGCUUCCCUGGGAAAUGUGCAGUGA